UUAUUGGUCACAGUGUCCCUGAGGGUGACAACACUUGGGAAAUUCUCAUGCUUCUCAAAGAUAUUACUGAGCUAGCUGUAGCACCAAAGCAUACAGAAGAGACACUUAACUUUCUGGACUGUAAGAUAGCAGAGCACAGGCGCUUGCUGCAGUCAACAUUUCCAGAUUUUCGUUUAAGGCCAAAACAUCACUUUGUGGAACAUUAUCCUCAGCUUGUAAGAAAAUUUGGUCCCCUGUCUGAGGUUUGGACAAUGCGGUUCGAGGGGAAGCAUAAAUUCUUUAAGAGGGUAAUUCGCACUGCUCAGAACUUUAAAAAUGUUGCCAUGACACUUGCUACAAAACACCAGAAGGCAGUCAGUUACCAUAUCGAUUGUAGCUCAUUUUUCAGACCAUCAGUUGAGAUGUCAAAGGUUACUCCAGUUUUGCUUGCCACCUUCCCUCACUGUGUGCAGACAGCAAUUGCUCAAAACUUUACAACACUAGAGUCGGUGCUUGAAGCGGCAUCUGUCAGUGUAGAUGGAAUCAAGUAUCAUCCAGGCAUGAUACUGUCUUCUGGGUCAUGCUCUGGUCUCCCCGCAUUCGUCCAGAUUCACAAGAUUGUUGCAGUUAAUGUAGAGAUUCUAUUUGUCUGUCACAAAUUGGCUGCAUGGUACAGGGAGCAUUUGAGAUCUUACCAACUUCAUUGUGAUAGUGUUACUUCUAUGUGUGUGUUGAAGAUGUCAGAUUUAAAUGAUGUCCUCCCAUUAUCAGCAUACAGGGUACAAGGAGAGCUUAUGGUGACACUGAGACGAUUUGUAAUUUGUUAAACAGCUGUCUGUCAUUUUUUCCCCCCAGAUGGCCAUGGAACAGAAAUUAACAAUGCGAGUUAUCGUCUCCGAGGGAGAUAUAAGAAAGAUGACAAUGAACCCUCGACCAUACAUACUUGAAGAUUUGAUUAGCUGGCUCAAAGGCACUCUCCAAACAAACUACAAUUUUACCUUACAGUACCAAGAUCCUGAAUUUAAUAAUGAAUUAUGCAACCUUACAGACUUGUCUGAGCUCCCAGAUAAACCAACGAUCAAAAUCAUCCCUAUCAUUGAGCUUGUACCAGUCCCUGGAGGUUCUGAAUUAUGUAGUGACACAGGCAGCCAGGCAGACACCGAGAUCCUGUCCAUCUCUUUGGAUCGAAGUUUUCAGUGGCCAGAGGUAUUUGAAAUUCCCAAAUUUCAAGUUGAUGUAGAGUAUAGACUACGCCAAGGUAACCUGCAGUAUCUCAGGGAUGCAUCCUUUCUUAAAGUCACAAAAGAACUAAAGCAUGACAUACUCGAGAAAUUGGCUGAGACCAUGUAUGCAUUUAAAGCAUACCCAACGAAAGAAGAUUUUGAGACUGUUGCUAAGGCUUUAGUGCAAACACACCCAUGCCUUAAAGAAACCGGGUCACCCUCUGGCUGGAACGGUUGGAAGAAUAGCCUUAAGUUCAAAAUGGGUAAUUAUAGAACCAAAAUGCGGCAGCUGGGUCGACUUGAUGUAACUGUCAAUGGUGGCAAGCGAGGAAGUGACACUACAAAUGGCGAGCCUCCCAAGACACAGAUCAAGAAGCCAAAGAAAGGGGAAAUAAAUUUCCUGCCUGAUUUUCCAGAGGGGAUGAAUGACCAGAACAUGGAAGUAGCUCGUGAGGUUCUGGUCAAUGAAAUGAUGAAGACAAAGCCAAAGGAAUCCCUGGUUAAGAAAGAGAUGGAUGUGACGUUUGCUUUUCACAGAAAGGAAAUUGUCAAAGAGAAGCCUGCCAUCAGCCAGCUUGUGCAUCGUUGGCCAGCUCUUUUUACAGAAAAUCAGGUUUCCUAUGAAUUUGGCAGAGUGGUAGGGAAAAAUCUCAGAGAAAACUUCUUGGAUGCACUUGACCAUUUGUCUCCAAGCCUCAUGGACCUCUUCAAAAAGAAGAAAGGCCUUACUGGUCAGCUUUUGGCUGAACUUUUAUGCCAGACAAAGACAACUGAGCCAACUGACGUCAGAUGCCUUUGUCUUCGGGGACUUCCGGUCAUCUUGGGCGAUGAUCCUUCUGCUUUCUUCAAGACCUGCUUUGACACAGCUGACAAUGACUUGUACAGGCAAACUCCAGUGGGAUUGCUUUUCAUCGGUGAAGAGAACCUUAAGCUGAACCCGUCCAAAGUGGGAAUCAUCUUGGAAGGGAAUGUGGUGAUGGAUGACCUGGCCAACCUUCCUCAGGCCUUCUGUGUCCUUUUUGGACUGAUAUAUGCCCUGCACCUGGACUAUCCCAAAUACAUGAAAAACACUUUUUGCUUUGUUCAGCAGGUGAUGUUGAACCUGGGUAAAAGUGAGCUGGCACCCAAAAUUCAGACUCUGAAAAACCAGAAGAUAUGA